AAACUGUUGGGACAAUUCCGGUGGAGGAAGAAGAAAGACGAUGACGAGGACGGCGAAAGCCAUGAAAGAGGAAAGUACAAGCAGAAAUAGGAAGAGGAAGAGACAAAGAAACCCUGAAACUCCUAAAGAAGAGCCUAACGAGACACCUGAGAAUCAAAACAACGACAAAAAGAGACAAAGAGAGAACAAAGUCCAUAAAAACCAGCAACGUGGAGGAUCUUCAGCUUCAGCGAAACGACCUAAACCUUCCAACUAUCUCGAUGCGCUUCGAGAGAAAUUAUCCGGUGGGAACUUCAGGAGGCUCAAUGAGAAGCUCUACACAUGCUCUGGGAAAGAAGCAUUAGAUUACUUUAAAGAAGAUCCAGACUUGUUUGAUAUGUAUCAUACAGGUUAUCAGCAACAAAUGUCGAAUUGGCCUGAGCUUCCUGUUAACUCCAUGAUAAGUUGGCUAUCCUCACGAAGCUCUUCUUUAGUUGUGGCUGAUUUUGGCUGUGGUGAUGCAAGGAUUGCAAAGAGUGUGAAGAACAAAGUUUUCUCCUUUGAUCUUGUCUCAAAGAACCCGUCUGUUAUCGCCUGCGAUAUGUCAAAGACUCCACUUGAGACUUCAUCAGUAGAUGUUACUGUUUUCUGUCUUUCGUUGAUGGGAACAAACUAUUCAAGUUACAUCAGAGAGGCAUAUAGAGUUCUUCGUCCAAGCGGUUACCUUCUUAUAGCGGAAGUAAAAAGCAGAUUUGAUCCAAACAAUGGAGGAGCAGACCCAAAAGACUUUGUGAAAGCAGUUUGUGACCUUGGGUUUACUUCGGCUUUAAAGGACUUCUCGAAUAAGAUGUUCAUCUUACUGCAUUUCAAGAAAAAGGAGCAGUUGAAUUCAAAAAAGAAGAAAAUCGAGUGGCCUGAGCUAAAAGCAUGUUUAUAUAAACGUCGAUGAUGGAAAGAUCACACAGAGUAGUAGUAGUACUCUUUAUGUUCUUCAUUGUUGUAUUAUUUAGGCAUAUCGAUGAUUUGUCUGAAACAGCUCAAACUUUCAUCUUUGUUUAUGAAAUUUUGUUUUGAGGGAACCAAUCACUUUGGUCUUUGAAGUUUUUCAGAAUUUAGUUACACAAAGUGAGAUUCAGUUCCUUUGUUUUUCUGUUGACAUAGUGUGCAAGUGUCUUUUUGACUCAUUGAUCUUCUCCUAUUUUUGUUUAUCAAGCUCCAAAUAAAGAUUUCAAGCUA